AGUGAUGGUGAUGGAAGUGGGCGAGCCUCCUAUUCUCAAUUGGACGUUCACACUGAGCUGUAAUGUGACUGGGCCCGUGGACUCUGUCCACUGGAUGAUGAACGGCUCCUACCUGCACUCAGACGAGCGGAGGUCCCUCUCUGAGGGAAACAUGACGCUGACAUUCAGCCCAGUUAGGCACUCUGAUGAUGGGAGCUACCAGUGUUCAGCCUUUAAUGCUGUGAGCAACCGCACAAGCUCUGGGUUCUCGCUGAGGGUUAACUAUGGACCUGAAAAGAUGGCUAUAUCCGGUCCGUCCAUCGUCGCCACGGGAACCAAUGUAACCCUCACCUGCUCCGACUCCUCCUGGCCGCCCAGUGAAGUCAGCUGGUUCUUCAAUGGCUCCAGAGUGGCAACAGGCCCAGUGUAUCAGAAGGAGUCGGUCAGUCCUGCAGAUAGUGGCCAAUACAACUGCACUGCACACAACAACAUCACAGGUUACUCCAGAUCUGCCACUAAGAUGCUGACAGUUAUCGAUGUGAUAUCAAUGGUUAUGGUGAAUAAAGUUGACGGACCCCCCGAACUGAACAUGACGUUCAAACUGAGCUGUGACGUGACUGGACCCGUGGACUCCACUUACUGGAUGAGGAACGGCACCUACCUGCAGUCAAACGACAGGACCUCCUUCUCUAACAGGAACAUGACAUUAACCUUCAGCCCAGUUGAACAUUCUGAUAACGGGGACUACCAGUGUGUGGCCAUGAACGCCGUGAGCGAGCGGAACAGCUCUGAGUACAUGCUUAUGGUUUACUAUGGACCAUGGGGUACUGCGAUCACUGGGCCACAUGUGGCAACACCUGGAUCAAACGUGACAUUCAGCUGCGCCGCCACCUCCUGGCCCCCUAGUGUCUACAGCUGGUACUUCAACGGCAGUAUGGUUGGAGAAGGCCCUCUGAUGGAGCUGACCAACCUCACCUUCAUGGAUAGAGGAGAGUACACCUGUAAGGCUCACAACUCUGUGACAGGCAAGAACAGCUCUGCCUCCACAAACCUGCGGGUAGUUGCCCUUCUAACAGUAGUCACAGCAGAUCCCAAGAACGAGCAGCCAAUACUUGGCAGAUCAUUCCGCCUGACCUGCAGUGCCAACAGUGAGACCACCGCCAUCUACUGGAUGAAGGAUGGAAUGUACCUGGGCUGGAACAGCAAUGUGUCCUUCUCUGAGGGCAAUGUUACCAUGACGAUUGAGUCCGUCACACACGCUGACAAUGGAGACUAUCAGUGCACCGCCCACAAUGACGUCAGCAAGAAGACCAGCUCCGUGUAUCAACUUAAAGUGAAAUUUGGGCCAUACAAUGUCAUGGUUUCUGGGCCUGAGAUGGCAGAGACAGGAUCCCCAGCGACGUUCGACUGUUCUGCCACAUCCUGGCCCCCUAGUGUCUACAGCUGGUACUUCAACGACUCAAUGGUGGCGAACGGCUCCGUGUACACAACCGAGCCGCUCACUGUAGGAGGCAGCGGGAACUACACCUGUAUGGCUCUCAACUGGGUCACCGGAAUGAACAGCUCUGCCACAGCGGAGUUAAGAGUAAUCGGUGAGGUCCAGGGUUAUCAUGGUCUUUUGAAGUCUGUUCAAUGACGGCACAAAGCUUUUAAAGUGUGUCGAGGGAGUGCCUUUUGUGCUGAUAGAGGUGGAGCUCAGCAAGCCUGUAACAUGGGUCGGCAAUUUCUGCAAUUUAGUGCAUCUAAAAAUGUUGUGUAACUGUGUAUGUUGACAGAUUAAAUAUACAAU